CGGCGGCGGCGGCGGCGGCGGCUCGGCAAUGCAGCAACACUUUUCCCUGGCUGACUGCGACGUGGUGGGCUUCGACCUGGACCACACGCUCUGCCGGUACCACCUCCCGCAGAGCGCACGGCUAAUAUAUGAUAGUUUUGCCCAGUAUCUGGUAACGGAGAAGGGCUAUGAUGAAGACUUGCUGAAUCUAGCUCCAGACARCUUAGACUUCUGUUGCAAAGGCUUGGUGUUGGACAUUGAGGAAGGAAACUUUCUGAAACUUGCAGAAGAUGGAACAGUUUUAAGGGCAAGCCAUGGAACAAAGAGCAUGACAUUYGAAGAGAUCCUGGAGAUCUAUGGAAGGAGGGAGUGGAAGCAUUUUAAUACAGUCAGUGGAAUGGUUUCACGCACAGCUAAAUACUAUUUGUAUGAUAAUUACUUUGACCUGCCUGGAGCUCUCUUGUGUGCAAGGGUUGUGGACAGCUUAGAUCUGCAUGAUGGUCAGAAAAAAUAUGACUUCUGGAAGGACAUGGUUGCUGCUAUCCAACAUAAUUAUAAAAUAUCUGCUUUUAAAGAUAGGCAUGAUUGUGCUGACUCAGCUUGAUGAAGGGUAUUAACCCACUCUUCUACUUGCAAAGAAGUGAAGAACUGAGGCUUGAAAAAGGAAAGUAAGGGAGUUCCCUAAUAGUCAGACAUUCAGUUAUGAAAAACAACUUAAAAAUGAAUCUGUAAAACAGCACUAUCAGAAAAGCAUAGUGUUAAGAUAGCAGUGGACACAGGUAUUUGAAAUGUGUCAUUUCUUACCUACUAAUACCUGCAAGAGUACGCUUUGCAACUGAUACCAAAGCUGAACAUUACAUUAUAUCAGACUUCAUUUUCUUCUCAAUGUUUUAUUCCUGUUACUGGAAUAUUUUGCCACUGUAUGGUGAUUAACAUUAUCUUGAUUGUGUUGGAUUUAGAGGAUGUUCUAUAAAUAUUAGUGACAAGCAGUUUUAAAGGAAACACCAUGGAGCAAUGUAUUUUACACUAUUAAGAUAUGUGGAUGUAUUAUGGAAAAAAGGGUGCUUUUCAGAGGACUAAUAAGACUUUGAAGUACUGAAUAAUUAUUUCCUUGUGAAAAAAAUUCAGAGUAGAUGAGAUUUUUUUUGGACAGAAAAUUCAUUAGCUUUUUUAGGGAAAUGUUGCCAAAUAUAACUUCUUAAAGCAGAAUUUUGUAACAUUUCUUAACUUAAAGGCUACUUUCUCUCUCCUGAAGACUUGUCUUCCCCUGCAAUUUUCUUGACACUUCUGAAAACUGUAGCAUCUGUGGCUAUAUAGUUUAAAUUGUGUAUUUGUAAUACUUUCAAUCAGUUUAUAAGAUUAUAUUUCAUUUCGGAAGUAAAAAAAUCAUGGCUGAUAUGUAAGACUUCAUAAAUUGCCCAUAACAAGGCUUGAUGGGAUGCACAUGUUUUUGAUCACAAGUUUAUGGUCUUGGCAGAAGAUAGUGAAUCUAGAUGUCUGUGAUAUGUGUGUUUUAUCUUUUAUAUGCAACUUCACAUAUAAUAAACAAAAAGCAAAGAUGCUUUUCUGGCCAAAAUAAAACCAUUUUCAAAAAUAGUGCAAAAUACUAGUAGUUCCUAAUGUUGUUGUUGCAGUAAUGAGAUAUCUUUAUUUGUCUUAAUUGUUAAAACUGCAACAAAGAAGCAAGUAAAAAAUAAAUUUGUUAUAUUCCCUUGCUGUGUUUUCGAGCUAAAUACAGAAGGGAUUGUUUGGUUGCUUCAUGUUUUUGAUCAUGUAAGGUUUCAGGAAUUUCAGUACUUCUUUGGAAGUGAUUUUGUACUAUUACAGGCUCUUAAGGUUUCCUUUGAAUCUCAUGUUGGAUUUGCUUUCCUUUAAUAUCCAAGAUCCAGAAGAAAUGGGGUUUUUGGAAGGGCUUUAUCCUUAGAUAAGAUUGCUGAUCUUCAUGUGGAGAAAAUAUUAAAAAACAAAAAAUCUUACAGACUUUCUCAAAGUCUCCUCUAAACUGAAAAUCCAAAGCUAAAAUGAAAGUAUAAGUUGUGCUUAUGCCACAAUUUACUGUAUUAUCUCUUGCUUUUCAGUUUUAAGAGUUGCUUUCCUAGUGACUUAAUAUCUGAGCAAUUAUGAAAAGACUAAAAAAAUGGGCAUGAGGUACAAAGCUGUAGACUUAUUUGAUGUCCUGCAUGUUCGGGAAACAAAGACACAAAGGAAAAAAUCUGAUUUAAAGUGGAUGGAUGGAUGGACGGAUGGGAUGGACAGAUGAGAUGGAUGGAUGGA